ACGAAGCUGCGAAACAGGAAGCUAAAAAAAAGGGGGGAGGAAAAAAAAAACCCUGUCAACUGAAGCUCACGUAGGUACUGUCGCGCCUCACAUUUUGUCGUGGGUUUCUCUUCCAGGCUGACGGGACCGUGAUAUCUGGUCGCUGCUGCAAAGGCAACAUGGGAUGCUUCUUCUCGAAGAAAUCCAAAAGAAAGUCGGCGGAGAAGGAGAAUCUCACGCCGACAACGACGAGUGCUGAUACUGUAGGUAACUCGGUUCCCCUUGGCAACAACACCGACGAGGCUCCGAAGCAGUACAGCUGGGACAAGAGGGAAAAGGCUGACCCCAAGGAUUACACUCUGACUGGACUCAAAGACAUCACCGUGGGCCGGCUGCCUGGGACGCUGAACGGCAAGCCGUUUGUCAUCCAAGACUGCGUGAACUGCAACAUCUUCGUCUUGGACCACUCGGCGACCAUCAGCAUCGACGACUGCGUCAACUGCCGCAUCGUCUUCGGGCCCGUGAAGGGCAGCGUGUUCUUCAGGGACUGCAAAGACAUCAAGUGCGUGGUGGCCUGCCAGCAGUUUCGCGCGAGGGACUGUAAAAAGAUGGACGUGUUCCUGUGCUGCGCCACCCAGCCCAUCAUCGAGUCCUCCACGGGAAUGAAGUUCGGCUGCUUCCAGUACUACUACCCGGAGCUGGCCUUCCACUUCAAGGACGCCGGGCUGAGCAUAUUCAACAACAACUGGAGCAACAUCCACGACUUCACGCCCGUGUCGGGGGAGAACAACUGGAGCCUGCUGCCGGAAGACGCAAAAGUGGCGGACUUCGUGCCAGCGCCCGACCCGGAGUCCGAUUUCAAGUCCGUCCGGAUCUCCACCGAGGCCGACCGGAGCAUUGUGCCUUUAACAAAGGGAGGCAGGCGGAAAGACAGCGAGGAGUCCUGCCUCUUCGUUUUCUUUGCCGGGGACUACACCACUGCGAAUGCCCGCAAACUGAUCGAUGAGGCCACUUCUAAAGGAUUUGUGCUGGUACAGACUAAGGAGGUCUCUAUGAAGCCUGAGGAUGCAAGGCGUGUGUUUCAGAACAGCGCAGAUGACCUUGUGGAGUGGAUCAACAAAGGCCCGGUCACUGCCCUGGAGCUGAACGGUGAUGGAGCAGUGGAAGGAUGCAAGACCAUCGCCAGCGAGGUUUUUAGUGGCACUAAGAUUUUUGUUUCAGACAAUAAAAAUACGUCAACCCGAGACGUCGACAGCUUCUUCAACUUUGCCGACAUGCAGAUGGGUUUGUAAAUAAGUCGGCCGUCCAAACAAGCUGCCUGAGCUGAUUGAGAUUCCUUUUUACGGGGUGAAAGGCGGGAACGGAAAAUUCUCCGCACCGUUUGAUGUUGCCUUGGAUCGAAUGAGUCAGUUUUCACAAUUGCAUGAAAAAGUUAUUACAUUUUUUUUAUUUUUUAUUUUUUUUUUGUUUUCGUUUUUUUAAUGCCGAGGGAAGAAAAGGCUGCAAACCACUCAAAUGUUAGUUCCUAAGAGUGCUGUGAUUAUUUAUGUUUCUGUGAAUGUAUUUUGUAACUCUGCUUUCAUCCAUCUUUCGUGAAUGUAGCUGUUUCUAUAAAUGUCUUUUUUAUGUGCUUUAUUUAAAAUGUUACUUUUUAUUGAUUUCUAGGAUAAAAGAGAGCAAAUGAGGGUGGGAGCAAAUGAAGGGAGCAUAUGGUUUCUCUUAGAAUUAUGUGUGUUUGUGGUUUAAAUACUGGAUUUUUCUCUGUUCAAAAUGUGUAUAUAAAAAUGUGCUGUAUAGGUGAUGACCAUGUUUAUACUCUUAGUUCUUAGGCCCAAACCAGGUUGUGAAAAGUUGAUUUUAAGUUACCGUAUCUGUUUUCGCCAACACAUAAACACAGGAGAGAGGCUGGAUUUUUAAAGUAGGCAACUUGUUGUUGUUUUUUUACAUAUA